UUGAACGACGGGGCAACAAUAGAGGUGAAAGCACGAUAUGCAAUGGACGUGUGGCGUGUUCUAGAGGCGCAAGGCGAGUUCAGGCUGAACGAUUUUUUGUACGACAGUUUUGAUUGCGGAAAGACAUGGGUGAUUGGUGGGAACGACGCAACAGGGAGUACGGCGUGCGACGAGAGCGAUGCGAGGAGGGAUCCUAGGUGGGGUUGGGUGCCAUGUGUGAUCCCGAUUCCAUGUGGCCGUGUGAGGAUGGUCCCAGGAUGUUUGCAUCCUGCAGUGGUUGAUGGCAAGGUGACGAUGGCAGCAAGACUGCAAUCAGGGCAUUGGCUCCCAUUGGGAUGGAUGCAUGCAGGCAUUGUGGAUCAUUGGCAGUUCCUCGUGGUUCUGGCACGUGUCUCAAUUUUCAAUGUGAAUGUAAAGGACCACGUCCUGGUGGUUGAACAUGCAAAGCGGUGCCUGGAGAAGAUAAGGGAGGAGGAGCGCCAGAUGGUGCCGUUCUUGCGUCUCGCGCGCGAGGUUGUUGAGCGAGACAUUGCUCCGGGUAUGGGCGUGAGGUUUCAGAUGACGGCGGUGCAUGCUUUGAUGGAGGCUGUCGAGGCGUACCUGGUCGCCAAUUUCGAGAACACCAACGAGGUGGCCAUCCAUUCGAAGAGGAUGACGAUCCAGGUCAGGGACAUGAGACUGUUGGAUAGGUUGUCGAAGCCUCGCUGGGUUGAGAAAUAUCAAGGUAUGUUGGACAAGAAGGCGAGAGCUGAGGAGAGACAGGAACGGAUGGACGCCAGACAGGCAGAAAGGGAUGGCAGCAGAGCAGGGGCGAAGAAGAGGAAAGCAGUGCCACAUAAGGGGAGAGAAGAGGACGAAAGACAAACCGUACGCAUCAUGUCGAUGUCAGUAGCACAGGUGGAGGCUGUUCUUGCAAAGGUAAUGAAGUAUGCAAAGGAGGGCGUCCACUACAACGGUGACAGCGAGUUGUCUUUGCUUCAGGACAGAAUGCCGAGGUACUUCAUAGUCGCAGUGGAUAUGAGAUCCACAAUCAUGGCAAACGGUGAGGGUUGUGUCAAAGCACGAACACUCUUGCAACGCUUCAGAGAGUCACCACAUGUACGUGUGGACAGCGAUGUGGAAAACAGUGCAUACAGUCUAAAAGGAGUGGUCCAGUGGAUCUGCAGUGAAGGGAUGUGCGAAGAAGGAGACGUGGACAUGACAAUGCAACAGACAGGGGAGACAUAUACACCUGCGAACUUUGGCAAGUUGCUGGGCACUGUCGCACGGAAUGGGGGAAUGCUGGUUGAUGGGUCGAAGGAGGAGUUGAAGAGUGGUGCUGCAAAAAUAYUGAUGUUGUCCAGAAUGAAGGACAUUACACAAACACCGCCACAAGACUUUCAAGAUGUUCCUGUAAUUGUCGCAGAUGGUGUGGAAUAUAUUCRGCUGUAUCAACUUGUGGACUUCAUGAAAAAAAGUGACGACGACAGGAACGUCAUCCAUAAGGUGUUGCACGAAGUGACAGAGUUUGCACUGCAGGGUCAAGAUCUGAUARAAUUUAUAGCAACGAGAGAACAGCUAGUGUGUUGCGAUAUCUUCAAUGCUUUCACAAUGGAGAAAGAACAGGGUGAUCGUGGAUUUGAAGAGGCCGAUUUGCCAAGUUGUUGUGCAGAGUACACAGACAGUGCAGAAGAAGAAGAUGAAGAAGAGGAUGAGGGGGCAUCAUCUUUUGACGUGGAAGUGAGCGGCAGCGAUGUCAGCAGCGACGAGGAAGACGAGGAACAUGAUGUAUACUAUGAUUUGAAGGGUGCGGGUGAACAAGUGACAAAAGGGUGGGCACAYGCAAUUCUGAGGUUGGCACGUGCUUUUCCCGAUCCGCACAAAGCGAUGCGUCUUGUGAUGAAGGGGGCAACACCAGAUGGUGCACUACAGACAAAGAAGAGAAUCACGUACAAAAAGGACAGAAUGGUGGAGAUGAUCGAUCUGAGAGCCUCAUACGAUGUGCACAGCGCGGCCCGAGAGGAAGCAGAAGAGGAACACGACCAGUCCAUAUCAGAAAAGUCUGACGGAGAGGAGAACGAGGCGACAAGCGACGAGGGAGGUGACAGUCAAACUUCCGACGGACAUUCUCGCGACACUCACGACGCUGAUGACGAGGACGGCAGGAGCAGCGACGACACAACGCAGGAUGAGGGCGGUGACGGGGCAGGCGGAGACGACAGAAGCGCGGACGGAAGAGGGAGUUCCCCGUCUCUGGGAAGAACGCGACGCACGAGGGAACCCGAAAGUGGCGAUGGCACGAAUUCGCAAAGAAAAGUGUGCGCGAGCAGGGGAGGACAGCAACAAGGCAAUCAAGAAAGUGGCGUAUUCUCGAAGAAGAUGAAGGACAGACUGUUCCGGGCGGUCGCGAAAGCCUUUGCGUUCUCAGCACCGAAGGACGCAACUCUGUACCCAACAGAGGAUGAAUUUUUCACGGCGCUGCAAACAACGGCCAAACUGAUAGGCGAGAACGCCGAGGAAAGACUGCGAUCACACGUAGCGGAGUGCGGAAUUCGAGCAGUCAUAGGAGAGUGCAACAGAAUGAUGACAACCGUGCGUGGAGAGAUAACAUGGCAACUGAAACAUUGGUUCUGGGCUGAAAAAGGGAUCCCGCUUGUACGAUCGUAGCAAACAGAUCACCAGCUCCCUACUCGCAACAAGAUGCGAGCAGAGAUGAAGGAGAACAAAAUGUGGAGACAGAG